AUGUACGACCCCGUGGCUCUGGAUCUCAGCUACGUCAACCGAUCUCUGCCUCGCCACUACGAGUCCGACGAAGAGGACGUCUCCGAAGCUGAAGGCCACUCCUCGCUCGACCACAAGCGCUCUGCAACCCUCGACUCACUCCUCAGCGUCAGCGACACCGAGCUGGACCCGGCAACAGACCGUCCAGCCUUCCCCCGACUCCUCUCCCUCCCAUCAAGCAAGACAUCACGCCCCGUGUCCAUCGACACCGUCAAGCGCAGCAGCAGCGCAACCUUCGCAACGGAACCCUGCACCAUCUUCGACCACGACGACGACGACGACAUGAUUAUCGAACUCCCCUCGCCCGACUCCACCACCCCCAGCGCCCUCCACUCGCCUCUCCUCCUCCAGCCCUCAGUCUACGUCCCCUCAGAACCACUCACCUCCCCACGCAACUCCUUCAGCUCGACUUCUUCGUCCAUCCACUCCGACGACGAAAGCGUCUUCGUCGCAGAACAGGUCACCUACGUCGAGCACGCAAGGCCUAAUCUAAUCUUAAUCUCUCCAACCGAGUCCUCGCCCUCUUCCUCUCCACGCGAAACAAGCCUGGACCUCCCCUCCCCGACAGCAUCAGACAGCUCAGGCUCCGUGUACUCCAACGACGGCGCCGCAAAGUCCCAGCCUCUUCUAUCCGAAACACCCAUGGCCAUGGACCGCGGCCGCCCGCGAUCCCAGUACCCAGCCCGACCCCUGCACACAAAGACCCAAGGCACAGGAAGUCUCAGCGCCCUCGACACCCUGCGCUGCGCCCCUCCCCAGGGUCGUGAAUACGAGGCCAUGAGCGCACCGCCCGUCGAAGUCCCGCGCGCGCUCUCCUUCCGCGCGCGCUCAAUGUCCUUCUCGCGCCCCCAAACACCCGCCACAGAGCGAAGACGGCUGCACAAGGAGCCGCCGCGGCGCCCGCCCUCGGCCCAGAGCACGAGCACCGCGACCUUCUCGCUCUUCCCCACCCAGUCGCAGACCCAGACCCAGUCGCAGACCCAGACCCAGACCCAGUGGCAGUCUCACACCAGCUGCGCCAGCACCUACACCUACACCGACUCCUGCGCCUCCUCGACCUACUCCCUCCCCCUCUCUUCUUCCCAGCCGCCCUCCCGCACCGCCAGCCCGAGCCCCUACGCCUCGGCGUCUCCGGCUAUGCGCUCGCGCUCGGGCUCGCUCUAUAGUGUGUCCAGCAUGUCUGCGGCGCAGGGGAAACGUGCCCCUGGCCCGCCGGUCUCCGGCUCCUAUCGCGGCUCGAUAUCCAUGGUCAAGUCAAGGUCCAGCACGAUGCCGAUGGGCGGAGGUGGGCACGGGUACUCGAGCAGCAGUCUGCGGGCGGAGCUGAACACAGGCCCACAGGGACAGGUGCAGGAGGAGAGCAAGAAGAGCAAGACCCACAGCCGCAAGAAGAGCAUGAAACAGCUCAAGUCGUCGUCGAAGGAGAAGGAGGAGUCGGCGGCAAAGAGCUUUGUCGGGUUUAUGCUCCGCGCGAAGAGGAAGUCCGGGAUCAAACAUAAUGCUUAA